AUGGGAAGACAAGCAGUAACUAGAUUGCUGUCCUCGAUCGCCUCGCACCGCCAUGGACUCCGACAAUUCUCGGCGGCCACGCCUGCGGUGUUCGUCGACAAGAGCACUCGUGUGAUCUGUCAAGGCAUCACCGGCAAGAACGGCACCUUCCACACUGAACAAGCCAUCGAAUACGGCACCAACAUGGUUGGUGGUGUGACUCCUAAGAAGGGUGGAACCGAACACUUGGGCCUUCCCGUCUUCAACACCGUCGCUGAAGCCAAGGCGGAAACCAAGGCCAACGCCUCCGUCAUCUACGUUCCUCCACCGUUCGCUGCCGCCGCCAUCAUGGAAGCCAUGGAGGCUGAGCUGGAUCUCGUCGUCUGCAUCACCGAGGGCAUUCCUCAGCAUGACAUGGUGCGGGUUAAGGCAGCACUUAACAGGCAGUCCAAGACUCGUCUGAUAGGACCAAACUGCCCUGGUAUUAUCAAGCCCGGGGAAUGUAAAAUUGGAAUCAUGCCAGGAUAUAUUCAUAAGCCUGGUCGCAUUGGAAUUGUCUCUCGUUCUGGCACCUUGACAUAUGAAGCGGUUUUCCAAACAACUGCUGUUGGCCUCGGACAAUCCACUUGUGUGGGUAUUGGAGGAGAUCCCUUUAAUGGGACAAACUUUGUUGACUGCCUUAGGAAGUUCCUAGCUGAUCCUCAAACAGAAGGUAUCAUUCUUAUAGGAGAGAUAGGAGGAACUGCAGAAGAGGAUGCUGCUGCACUAAUUAAGGAAAGCGGGACUGAGAAGCCUAUCGUUGCAUUUAUUGCUGGUUUGACUGCCCCCCCUGGCCGUCGAAUGGGUCAUGCUGGAGCUAUUGUUUCGGGCGGCAAGGGCACUGCACAAGACAAAAUUAGAACCCUCAGGGAAGCUGGGGUGACAGUUGUGGAGUCCCCUGCCAAAAUUGGAGCUGCCAUGCUAGAUGUUUUCAAGAAGAAGGGUUUGGUGCAAUACAGAGUUUGGAAUCUCCACUAUCCAAAUCCCAUUCCUUCUCCUUCAUCCCAACAGACCGUUGACCUUGACUCUCCUUCGUACCAUCACCAAAUCAGAUUCAGAUCCACUGCACUCCUAUUCCAAUCCCAAAUCCUCCAUGAAACCCUGAAUCCACCAAUGGUUAUGACCUCCAAACCCUCUCCAAUGGCGCAAGAUCUCAAACCCUCCAUCAACUCCUUCUCGCUCCCCAAAACCCUAAAGCUCAAAACCAAGCAGCAGGAGCUCCUCAUUCGCGUCGCCACACUCGCCCUCAUCUAUGUUCUCGCGUUCAUCACGCGCCUCUUCAGCGUCCUACGUUAUGAGUCCAUGAUCCAUGAGUUCGACCCCUACUUCAACUACCGCACCACGCUCUUCCUCACGCGCAAUGGCUUCGCCGAGUUCUGGAACUGGUUCGACUCCGAGUCCUGGUACCCGCUCGGCCGCAUUAUCGGCGGUACGCUCUACCCCGGUCUCAUGGUCACCGCCGCCGCCAUCCACUCCCUCCUCCGCUUCCUUCGCUUCGCUGUCCACAUCCGCGAGGUCUGCGUUCUCACCGCCCCUUUCUUCGCCUCCAACACCACCCUCGUCGCGUACUUCUUCGCCAAAGAGAUCUGGGACUCCGGCGCCGGCAUCGUCGCUGCCGCGCUCAUCGCGAUCUGCCCCGGCUACAUCUCGCGCUCCGUCGCCGGGUCAUACGACAACGAGGGUGUGGCGAUCUUCGCGCUGUUGCUGACCUUUUACCUCUUUGUGAAGGCCGUGAACACUGGUUCGCUGGCGUGGGCUUUGGGUUCGGCGUUUGGGUACUUCUACAUGGUGUCGGCGUGGGGAGGUUACGUUUUUAUAAUCAAUUUGGUGCCGCUUUAUGUCCUGGUGCUGCUUGUGACGGGAAGGUACUCGUUGAGGUUGUAUGUGGCGUAUAACUGCAUGUAUGUGUUGGGGAUGCUGCUGGCAAUGCAGAUUAGGUUUGUGGGGUUCCAGCAUGUGCAGUCCGGGGAACACAUGGGGGCAAUGGGCGUGUUUUUCUUGCUGCAGGUGUUUUUCUUCUUGGAUUGGGUGAGGCAUUUGCUCAGUGACACUAAGUUGUUUCAGGCCUUUUUGAAGAUAACUGUGACCAGUGCGGUUGCUGUUGGUGCUGUUGCUUUGGGAGUGGGCAUGGCGUCUGGUUAUAUUUCUCCAUGGACUGGGAGGUUUUACUCCUUGCUUGAUCCAACGUAUGCUAAGGAUCACAUUCCGAUUAUUGCAUCUGUCUCUGAGCAUCAGCCAACUGCUUGGUCAUCUUUCAUGUUUGAUUUCCAUAUCUUGCUGUUCCUUUUCCCUGCUGGUCUCUAUUUUUGCUUCAAGCGCUUGUCUGAUGCCACGAUCUUUUUAGUUAUGUAUGGUCUUACAAGCAUGUAUUUUGCUGGGGUUAUGGUUCGGUUGAUUCUUGUUGCUACCCCUGCUGUGUGCCUCAUUAGUGCUAUUGCGGUUUCUGCCACCGUGAAGAAUUUGACACGGGUAGUGAGGGCCAAGAGUCCAGCUGUUCAAAGUGGAUCUACUAAAGGAACUAGCGCUGCAAAAAGUUCUUCCAAGGGUGUAGUGGACAACUCCCAGCCUUUCCAAAAGAAUGGGGCGAUUGUGUUACUCCUUGGUGCUUUCUAUUUGCUCAGUAGAUAUGCUAUUCACUGCACUUGGGUCACAUCAGAGGCUUACUCAUCACCCUCAAUUGUCUUGGCUGCGAGGGGUUCUCAUGGACAAAGGGUCAUCUUUGAUGACUAUCGUGAGGCAUACUUUUGGCUUCGCCAGAACACUCCACCAGAUGCCAAGGUGAUGUCAUGGUGGGAUUAUGGUUAUCAAAUCACUGCCAUGGGAAACAGAACUGUAAUUGUUGACAAUAACACCUGGAACAACACUCACAUAGCUACUGUUGGGCGAGCAAUGUCAUCCUAUGAGGAUGAGGCUUAUGAGAUAAUGAGAUCGCUUGACGUUGACUAUGUAUUAGUCGUGUUUGGUGGUGUUACUGGUUAUUCUUCUGAUGAUAUUAAUAAAUUUCUUUGGAUGGUGAGAAUUGGUGGUGGAGUUUUUCCUGUGAUAAAGGAACCUGAUUAUCUUGUUAAUGGAGAAUAUCGUGUAGAUAAAGGAGCAGCUCCAAAGAUGUUGAACUGUCUUAUGUACAAGCUAUGUUAUUAUCGGUUUGGGGAGCUUUCAACAGAAUAUGGCAAACCACCUGGAUAUGAUCGCGCUAGAGGUGUUGAGAUUGGAAAUAAGGACAUAAAGCUUGAGUACUUGGAAGAGGCAUUCACUACACAGAAUUGGAUAGUUCGUAUUUAUAAAGUGAAACCUCCUAAAAACAGGUGGUAA